AUGGGAGUCGAGGGCUGCGCUACAUGCACCAAGUCAGACAGUAAUAAGGGGGCAGCCACGUGUACUGCCUGUCAAGCAGGGUACUACAAGGACUCUCAGGCAUGUAGCAAGUGUGAUGGUACUUGUCUGACCUGCGAUGGAAGUGGUCAGAAUCAGUGUACAUCGUGCCCAGAGGGGAAGUACUUGAAGGGUGAUAAGACUUGCGUAACUAGUGAUCAAUGCACGAGCACCGUUUAUCCAGACCCAGAGUCUGGAACGUGCAAGGAAUGCAGUACGAUAGAUCAAGCAUGUACUACCUGUAAGUACAAUGCGACUGUCAGUAAGCCCCAGUGCACUGCCUGUAAUAACAAUAAGAAGGUGAAGACGGCCAUCGAUGGCAUCACAACAUGCGUCGAUAUAAGCUCUGGCUGCGAGGAUGCUGAUCACUUCAAGGCAGAUGGUGAUGCUGCGUGUGUCUUGUGCAGCGAUACCAGCGGAUCAGACCCAAAGAACAAAGGCAUUGCUGGCUGUAAGGCUUGCACGAAGACAGCAAGUGCCAAUCCAACCUGCUCGGAGUGCCUGGAGGGAUACAAAAGUACCGGAGUUGGUUCAGUAACAUGCACCCCCUGUCACGCCAACUGUGCCACAUGCUCAGCUGAAACUGCCGAGGAUAAGUGUCUGACCUGCAAGACUGGGUUCUUCCUCGUUGAAGUUACACAACCGGCAGGAAAGUGUGUCUCAUGUAGUGACACAAACAAUGGGGGCAUCGAUGGAUGUGUGGAUACCUUACAGCAUCACACCCGUCCAACUCAGCCAUGCACAGGAGUCCCAUUCUUCCCCCAGGAUCUGGUCCAGUGCUCAGCUGGUUCGGAUGCCCUACCGCACCUUGUUGGAGACUGCAUUGAAGCUACUGAUCCGGCGGUGCUCUGGACUCACUACCUACCAUCAGAUUGUCUUUGUUUUCGCAUAUUUACAUAG